UAAAUCAGAGAUUAGUUGCGUUCGGAAUAUCAUGACGUUUGAGUGUCUCUAGCGCUACUCGAGUGCGGUUGAAUUUAAAUACACAACUCUUUAAACUUUUUAUACUGACUUCUAAAUAUAAAUUAACAUUGAUAGUGAGAAUUAAACAUAGUUUAAAUAGAUAACGAUUAAGUUCAAGUUCAUGGUCGCCGUUCGAACCUUUGAAUGUGCACUGUCACUUGUCAGUUUUUUGUCAUUUGUCAUUUCGUCAGUCGGUCACUCGAUGACGUUCGGUUUGAACGUGUGCUAACGUAUCCGCCGGUACGAAAGCAAUUUGCAUGAAAUUCCGUUUAUUCAAUUAUACAUCAUCUUAUUACACUUGUACGUUGGUUGUACGAAUAGCGGGGAGAUGGCCGAUUGCCACCGGACACUGUGAUUCUUUGCCACUGUUGUAUAUUUAGAAAAAAAAAGUUUGGAAACGCGGCGAGCCGCUGCAUUCGCAUUGUUUUGAUAAUUCAGUUUUGUGUGUUGAAUAAAGUUUGAAACAUUCUUGUGAACAUGAAAGGACCACAUGGCAAGGAGGAGACGUCGGACGAGGAGUCGGGGCUAGGAUACCAGAAUACUUUGAUGUAUGGUCGCUAUCAACGCGACCUAAGCGAAGCGGCUAGAGAAGAAGCAAGAAGACUCAGAAGACUCCGCAAGAAGAGACGGAAAGACGACAAGCUCCGACAGAAGGAGCUGGAGGCGAGCGGCAAGCACAGACCAAGAGGGAAGUUCUUCAAAGUACUAGGCUAUGUAUGGAGGCACACGUUCGCGCGGCUCGGCGAGGACUGGGUCUUCCUGGCUCUGCUCGGCAUCAUCAUGGCGGUCGUCAACUUCGCCAUGGACAGGGGUAUUGCUGUAUGUCAAAAUGCCCGUAUGUGGAUGUACAACGAUCUGGCGACGUCCACCUUCAGUCAGUAUGUGGCGUGGGUAUCUCUACCUGUCUGCCUCAUACUAUUCGCCGCCGGAUUCGUGCACAUAGUCGCCGCACAGAGCAUAGGAUCCGGUAUUCCUGAAAUGAAGACAAUCCUCAGAGGAGUCCACCUCAAAGAAUACUUAACGUAUAGAGCUAUGAUAUCCAAGAUUGUUGGUCUCACAGCCACACUGGGUUCUGGUCUACCACUUGGUAAAGAGGGCCCAUCAGUCCACAUAGCGUCGAUGGUAGCGACUCUGCUGUCGAAGCUGGUGACCACGUUCCAGGGUAUCUACAGUAACGAGUCCCGCACCAGCGAGAUGCUGGCAGCGGCCUGCGCUGUGGGAGUCGCUUCAUGCUUCGCUGCACCUGUAGGAGGUGUCCUGUUCUCAAUAGAAGUAACGACGACGUAUUUCGCAGUUCGUAACUACUGGCGUGGUUUCUUCGCCGCAUGCUGCAGUGCUAUUAUGUUCCGCUUGCUAUCAGUAUGGUCUGGUGCCAUGCCGACUGUGAAGCCGCUGUUCCCCACCAACCUGCCUCAAGACUUCCCCUUCGACCCUCAGGAGUUUGCUGUCUUCGUGCUUUUGGGGAUAGUUUGCGGUCUUUUAGCCGCGUUCUGGGUGUUCUUACAUAGGCAAUACGUCUUAUUUAUAAGGAAUACAAAAUCACUCAGCAACUUCCUACAGAAGAAUCGCUUCAUCUACCCGGGCUUCAUAACCCUCGCGGUGAUGUCCAUCCUGUUCCCGCCGGGCAUCGGGAAGUACAUGGCUGCUGACCUUGGAAACCAGGAACAGGUCCUGUCCCUGUUCUCCAACUUCACGUGGACGGACUCCCUGUCGGCGGAGCAGGCGGCCGUGGUCUCCCACUGGCAGACCCUCGAGCUCGACCACUUCGGAUGCCUCAUCGUGUACUUCUUCUCUAUCUUCUUCCUGAGCCUGGUGUCGUGCACGCUGCCGGUGCCGGCGGGGAUCUUCGUGCCGGCCUUCAAGAUGGGCGCGGCGCUGGGCAGGUUCACCGGCGAGGUCAUGCACUACUUCUGCCCGCUAGGGGUCGCCUACGGGGGGCAUAUACAGAAGAUAUUGCCCGGCGGCUACGCGGUGGUGGGCGCGGCGGCCUUCACGGGCGCCGUCACUCACACCGUGUCCACUAUCGUCAUCGUCAGCGAGAUGACGGGACAGGUGACACAUCUCCUGCCCAUCAUGGCGGCAGUGCUGGCAGCCAACGCGACAGCCUCCCUGCUGCAGCCGUCCUGCUUCGACAGCAUCAUCUUAAUCAAGAAGCUGCCUUAUCUGCCAGACCUGCUAUCUUCAGCUAGCCGGAUGUACGACAUCUGCGUCGAGGACUUCAUGGUGCGCGACGUGAAGUACAUCUGGAACAGGAUGACCUUCCAACAGCUCAAGGACUUGCUGAAGGAGAACAAGACAAUCAAAAGCUUCCCCCUGGUGGACAGUCCGUCAUCCAUGGUACUCCUGGGCUCCAUCCACCGCUGGGAGCUGGUGAAGGUGAUCGAGAAGCAGGUGGGGCGCGACAGGAGGCUGCAGAUAGCGGCGUUGUGGCACAGGGAGGCCGAGAUGAGGAGGCGGGAUGAGGAGGCCAAGAAGAAAGUCAGAAGGCCUUCCAGGUUUGAGGUUACUCCAGCACCAGAUAUGCUGCAAGUCCCCGGAACUGGCAUGACGCGAGGAUCCUCACUCACCACCAAGGACCAGGGUGGACUUAUACCAGCCCCAGGCCAGCUAUUCCGUCCGAAGUCGAUCCUGAAGAAGACGAACUCGUUCACCCUGACCCGCGGCCUGGGCGCGGGCUCCACCCCGCACACGCCCAGCGCUCCGCAACCCUCCGUGUAUACUACUGUUACCGGGGCAGAGACCAGGAUCCGCGCAGCAUUCGAAGCCAUCUUCAAGCGCUCGUCCCUCCUGCAGGACGUGGAGGGAGGCCUCCCCGACCAGCUCAGCCCCACCUCACUGCCGCGGAGCCCCUCCAUCAAUAAGAAAGUUCAACUGCCACGCGAGAGAGUCUGUGACAUGUCCCCUGAGGAUCAAAAGGCGUGGGAGCAGAUGGAGAUGGCGAAGGAGAUCGACUUCGAUCGGAUGCUGCAGAUCGCCAGGAAGAGAGAUAUGCACCCAGACGACCCCGAGUAUGAGGAUGAGAACCUGUACAUCUGCCACAUCGACCCCGCGCCCUUCCAGCUGGUUGAGAGGACCUCGCUACUUAAGGUCCACUCGCUGUUCUCGACGCUGGGGGUGAGCAGAGCAUACGUCACUGCCAUUGGAAGACUCAUUGGAGUGGUCUCACUCAAAGAGCUCCGCAAAGCCAUAGAAGACGUGAACUCAGGCGCCCUGACCCUGGCGACCCGGCCCGAGCCCCCCGCCACACCCCUCGCGCUCACCAUCAAGGUCACGGGCACCGAACCCGCACCUCCCAGUGACAGCGAGACCGCCAAGCUUACCACACAGGGCGACCACUGAACUUAAGGUGACAAUGAAAGGUGAUAAAUGCCGUAGAGGGCUAAAAUAUCUAAAAAUCUGACUGCAGAAAAGUAGGGGAUAUAAAAACUCCAGAAAAGUGGGGUCUAUAAACGUAACUGCAGAGUAAUGGGGUCAAAAUUCGUUACUGUAGUUAAAGGAAAACGUAGUCUUAAAAUAACAAGAAACAAAAAUAUGCUCCACGUCCCCAACAUGGGGGCAACAUAGAUGGGGUCAUAUGACGUGACUCUAUUAAGAUGAUAGAGGCUUUAAUUGGUGAUUCUGAACUACUGAACUAGUAUAUUUUGAAAAAGAUCUAGUUUUCCAUAGCAAUUGCUAUAAAACUAAGAAAAUACAAGUUUUGAGACCUCAUUUCAAAACUCCGACAAGACCUAUCUAUAAGUUUGCAGUAAUGUGUAACCAAAAAAGGCUUUUAUUAAAAGCCAAAAAGGCUUAAGUUUUUAAGCAAACGCGUGAUCGUUACUGGGAAGUAUUCCUAAGAGAAAAAGUCGACUUGGGAAUAUUCCCAUUCAAAAGUUCUUAAAGAACUUUUAUUUUGGUAAGUUACUAUGUUCUUGUAGGAUUUAUUAGCCUUAAUAUUUAAGAGUUUUAGACUCAAAGCGAAAUAAACGCUAAGUACGCUGUUUUUAGGUUAAUUUUUGUGUGUAGUUCCUUAAUCGGUUAAAUUUUCUUCUAAAUAUCUGUGAUUGACUAUGAGUCGGUUUGGUAUUGAUUUAAUCGAAAAUUACUCGUCCAAAGAUUAGAAAUUCCCAAUGGGAAUAUUCCCAACUCACUGUCCCUUUAGGGAUAUUUCCCAAUACUAAUAACUCACUAUGCAUAAUUUAAGACUUGUCACACGAAGACAUAUUGUUAUGAACUAAUAUUAUGAAUUACGUAAAAAUAUAUAAUCGUCACAAUUACGUAAUAUUUUGUUGUAAGUACGUGUAUUU